UAUUUCUAAUAACUUAGCUGCACCAUGUCUUUCUGUCUUCAGGUUUCAUCUGGUUCUCCUCCACAGAAGGCUGCUGUGGCUGAAGUUGUUCGUCGCUCGGCCAACUAUCAUCCCAGCCCUUGGGGAGACCAUUUCCUUAAAUAUAAUACCUCUGAUCAUGAAACGCCUGAUAGUAACACGGUGGAAAAGAUUCAAGAACUUAAGGAAAAAGUGAAGAAGAUGCUGCUGGAAGCUGCUCAUCAGCCUCAACAAGAGCUUAAGUUGAUUGAUGAUAUUCAACGACUUGGCGUGGCUUACCAUUUUGAAGUUGAGAUAGAUGGAGCACUAAAGCGCCUCAAUGAUAUUUAUCAGGGACUCUGUGGAACCAAAAACAAGGAUGACCUUAACAUUGUAGCUCUUUGCUUUCGGUUGCUUAGACAGCAUGGUUAUAACGUUUCUUGUGAUGUGUUCAACAAAUUCAAGGAUGAAAGCACUGGACUAUUUAAGGCUUGUCUGAGCAAGGAUGUGGAAGGACUGCUAAACCUGUACGAAGCCACACAUCUUAGGCUUGAUGGAGAAGAUAUACUUGAAGAAGCAUAGACAUUCACAACAUUUCACCUUGAGGUCCUCAAAACUGGGCUAAAAAAUCCGCUUGCAGCGCAAGUCACACGUGCACUAAAACUACCCCUCUGGAAGAGUAUAAACAGGGUUGAAGCGAGGCACUACAUUUCUCUCUACGAAGAGUUUGAUUCUCAUUCUAGGAUUCUGUUAUAUUUUGCCAAACUAGACUUCAAUCUUCUGCAGAAAUGUUAUCAAAGUGAAUUGGGAAAACUUUCCAGCUGGUGGCUGAAUUUCAAUUUCAAAGAGAAAACGCCUUUUGCAAGAGAUAGAUUGGUGGAAUGCUACUUUGGGGGUUUGGGGAUGUCUUUCGAGCCCCAAUACCAACUAUCACGAAGAAUACUAACAAAAGUUUUUUCAUUGGUGGUUGUUCUUGAUGAUAUGUAUGAUGUGUAUGGAACUGUUGAAGAACUCAUACUCUUUACAGAUGCAAUUGAACGGUGGGAUAUCAGUGCAUUGGAUCAGCUGCCAGAAUACAUGAGGUAUAUCUAUCGAAUCAUCUUGGAGGUUUAUAUUGAAGUGGAGGAAGAACUGAGCCAGGCAGGAAUACCGUUAAAUCGUGCUCAGUAUGCAAAAGAUGCUAUGAAAGAAAUAAUAAGGUCAUACAUUUUUGAUGCCAAGUGCAUCAACAAAUGGUUAGUACCAACAAUGGAAGAGAAUAUGAGCAAUUCUGUAGUAAGCUCAACAAUUCCAAUACUCGCCACACAUUUCUUCGCGGGGAUGGGUGACAUUGUGACCGUGGAAGCCCUUGAAUGGUUAUCCAAAUAUCCGCUUAUGGUCCAAGCAUCAAGCUUAUAUUGCGUGCUCACUGACAACAUAGCUGAAGAUGAGGUGGGGAAGGCAGCAGACGCGGCUUGUUUUGUUGAUUGUUACAUGAAACAACACGGCGUAUCAAAGGAAUAUACAUAUUCCGAAUUUGGAAAACAGAGAGUUAAGGCAUGGAAGGACAUGAAUUCGGAGUGCCUCCGUCCAACUGCAGUCCCCCUUCCAUUACUCUCAGUAGUUCUUAGUAUACCUCGUCUGGCCUAUAUUCUUUACGAAUACCAAGGCCUUGAUGGAUUUAGUGCUUCGGAUACUAAGACUAAAGAGCUUAUAAACUCUGUGCUUGUGAAUCCCAUUCCAAUGUAACUUGCAAGACUUCAUUGUUGUGGAGGACUCCGAAUCUACUGAUUGGAAGUGUGCUUUUAAGAGUCUUGGAAUGAUAUUUAAUAAAAGCUAGCUAGCUAGCUACAGGAGGGGUUCUGCCCUAACGUUAUGUCCUGUAACAUGAAUUCAAAUAAAAGAGACUCGUUUCGUUUUGUAAUAUCAGGAUUACAUCAA